GCCGCCCGAGUAGUCCGUCAUUGUAAAUAAGAAUUUGUUCUUAACCGACUUGCUAGUUUUAUAAAAAUUCACCGAUUUACUUACAGAAUAAUACGAAAUUAUCUGAGACCACGUUGAAAGUUGUGAACGUCACACUGUGUCAACUACUGUAUCCAAUGAGGAGCAUUUAGAGGCGAUACAAUUUCUUCACACGACGCGGAAUCAUGACGCAGAUGACUGGAGGAGAGAAGCAAUAUCAACGUCUAUUUUCAGAUACGAAAUGUGAACAACUUUUAAGCGUUUAAAACUAUAACCCGUUCGUUGACUAGAAUACGUUACAUUUGAUGAACCCUGUCUUCUAAGUACAACCUCUUCGAGAGAUCCAGACAAAAGCGAUGGAGGGAGGAGUGAUGGAGAGAGAAGUGAUGUCUGAGAAGCCAGUCAUGCAGACACAGCCAUCCACACUGCCCUUCUUUGACACGGCCCACGCCUUUAACCUGCUCCGGGGGAUCCACGAACUCCGCGCAGAGCGCAAGUUCUUUGACGUCACGCUCUGCGCCGAGGGCCGCGAGUUCCAUUGCCACCGGACUGUGUUGGCCGCAGCCAGCACCUACUUCAGGGCCAUGUUCGCCGGGACGCUGAGAGAGAGCGCCAUGGACCGUGUGGUCCUUCACGAGGUGUCUGCUGAACUACUGGGCCUGCUGGUGGACUUCUGUUAUACAGGCCGAGUCACAGUCACCCAGGAUAAUGUAGACCUCCUGCUGAAGACGGCCGACCUGUUCCAGUUCCCCUCCGUUAAAGAGGCCUGCUGUGCCUUCUUGGAGCAGAGAUUAGACGUCUCCAACUGCCUGGAGAUCCAGGACUUUGCAGAGGCCUACGCCUGCCAUGACUUGGCUGUCAGCGCCCGCCGCUUCGUCCUCAAGAACAUUGUGGACCUCGCCAAAGGCAAGGACUUUAAGCGGUUGCCCUGGAAACGGCUGCUGGAGUUUGUGUCGGACGAUGCGCUGUGUGUGGACAAGGAGGAGACGGUCUAUCAGAUCGCGGUGCGCUGGGUUAAAGCAGACUUACAGAGGCGGCUCCACUACUGGCCCACGCUGCUGGAGCAGGUCAGACUACCCUUUGUACGUCGGUUCUAUCUACUCGCCCACGUGGAAAGCGACCCCCUGGUUUACCUCUCCCCCUCCUGCCUGAGGAUGGUGAGCGAGGCCCGGAGCUUCCAGUCGUGUGAGUAUGACCGGCAUGACAGACCCUGCCAACGCAUGCGCCCGCGGCCCUCCACCGGCCUGGCUGAGAUCCUGGUGGUGGUGGGCGGCUGUGACCAGGACUGUGACGAGCUGGUCACUGUGGACUGUUAUAACCCUCAGACUGGACAGUGGCGCUACCUGGCCGAGUUCCCCGAUCACCUGGGAGGGGGCUACAGUAUGGCCGCCCUGGGCAAUGAUAUGUAUGUCACAGGAGGAUCUGACGGUUCGCGUCUCUAUGAUGGCGUGUGGCGCUACAACUCCAGCGUUAACGAGUGGACCGAGGUGUCGCCAAUGCUCAAAGCCCGGGAGUACCACAGUUCCUGUGUCCUCAGAGGUCAGCUGUAUGUGGUGGCGCCAGACAGCACGGAGCGCUACGACCACGCGCUGGACUGCUGGGAGGCCCUGCCAGCCAUGCUGCACUCUAUGGACAACUGCUCCACCACCACCUGUAAGGGGCGUCUCUAUGCCAUCGGCUCCAUGACCACAACAGGGGAGGACAACAUGGCCAUACAGUGUUACGAUGUGGACACCAACCGCUGGACCCUGGUCAACUGUGGCGAGCUGCCACCAUGGUCUUUCGCUCCCAAGACUGUCACCCUCAAUGGGCUCAUUUACUUUGUCAGGGAUGACUCGGCAGAGGUCGACAUCUACAACCCUCAGAAGAAUGAAUGGGACAAGAUCAGCCCCAUGACACAGGUCCAUGUAGGAGGCAGUGUGGCAGUCCUGGGUGGUCGUCUCUUCGUGUCUGGUGGCUAUGACAACACAUUUGAGCUGUCUGACAUGGUGGAGGCCUACGACCCUUCCACCCAUACCUGGACACCCGCAGGCCGCCUUCCCCAGCCCACCUUCUGGCAUGGCAGUGUCAGCAUCUUCCGCCAGCUCAUGCCCGCCGUAUCCAACGCUUUCGAACCCAUUGACCUGCCCGAGGCUAACUCCAUCCACCUGCACCGACACCACCGCAACCAGGCCAUGCACAACCACAACCUCAACCAGAACCACGACAUCAACCCAGUGUAACACACUCCAAAACGAAUGGGUCAGGGAAUAUCAUACUGACCGCUGUUUCAGCAAUUUUAGGUUUACUGUGAAAACAUACACCUCUUUAUGAUGCUACAGAAAAGGUGGAAAGACAGAGUGAUCAAAUGAUCCUGCAUGGAUGUGAUCACUAUAGGACUGUAAUUACAUUAGAUUGUGCUUAUGUGACUGAACAUGUGUGCAAUUUUGUGAUCCCCAUGUAAUUCACUUGCCUACCACACUGUCAUUGAUCAUGAUCAAUGGGCAUAUUAUUGACUGGACUAAUAGACUGGCUGGGUAUGAAGGUCUCAUGUUGGGGAAAGAAAAAUCUAUACAUACAUAGAUAGAUAAUCUACGGCAGGCAGUAGUGUAUUAUUUAGAUUAUGGUUAUACGGUUGAAGUCAGAAGUUUACAUACACUUCAGCCAAAUACAUUUAAAAACUCAGUUUUUCACAAUUCCUGCCAUUUAAUCCUAAAAAUUCAUAAAAACAACAAUUCCAUUUUAGGUCAGUUAGGAUCACCACUUUAUUUUAAGAAUGUGAAAUGUCAGAAUAAUAGGGAGGGGAGAAUGCUUUAUUUCAGCUUUUAUUUCUUUCAUCACAUUCCCAGUGGGUCAGAAGUUUACACUCAAUUAGUUAUUUGGUAGCAUUUCCUUUAAAUUGUUUAACUUGGGUCAAACGUUUCGGGUAGCUUUCCACAAGCUUCCUAUAAAUUGGGUGAAUUUUGGCCCAUUCCAUCUGACAGAACUGGAAUAACUGAGUCAGAUUAGUAGGCCUUCUUGCUCGCACACGCUUUUUCAGUUCUGCCCACAAAUUUUCUAUGGGAUUGAGGUCAGGGAUUUGUGAUGGCCACUCCAAUACCUUGACUUUGUUGUCUUUAAGCCAUUUUGCCACAAC